GUGCGCCGUAUUUAAUGUACGUAUAUAUAAUAGCUACGUAUUUACGGUUUCAAGUUAUUUAUGACAUUAAUCUUUUAAAAACUUUUCUAAUUUGAAACUGAAUUUUAAGGGAUAUAAUUUUACAGUAUAACAGAUUAAUGUUACGAUAACGUAGAGCGACUUAUACCAGGAAAUGAGGUCAAUACAAUAAAGCAAAUUAUGAAAAUAGUCUAAAAGCCACAAUGAAUCAAUAUCAAACUGAAAGGCGGCUCUGCUGGUGCUAUGGGCUUUUGGCUUUAGUAUUAGCCGUGUCAGUGAUAUGCACAGCCAUCCCUUACAACCACUGGAGAGCUACACUAGAUGUGUGUCCUGGGAGUUGGUUAGAAUACAAUAAUUGUGGUUGUAUUUUCUUUGGAGCAAGCUCAUCACAAUACUUCACUGGCGGUCACAACUCUUAUUGUUUAUAUGCAAUUUUUGCUCCAUUGCCCAUAUUAGUGUAUGCCCUGGUGAUGGCAUUUUUUCACAUGUAUAGAGUUUGUAUUAAUAAUGUUGGCCUCUAUGAAGGAGACAAGUCUACUGCUAUGGAAGAAAUAGAAGGUGAAACAAUUGUUGUAACAGCUCGUACUAGAGUGUCACAGAGUGUUGAUGGUGUAAUAUAUUGCUGGAUACCUACAUCAAGUGUUGCCGCUGUAUUUGCAUUGUACAAUCUAAUUCAUGCAGCCAUUAUGACUGACGGCUUCUAUAAGACAUGUCAACAAUACAGAGGAUACCUUGUUAGGGAGGUUCGUGCAUCUGGUGAUCAAGCAACCGUGAUACAUUUCAGACUCGCUUGUCAAGCAAUUUUUGACUUUAUGGACUAUAUACAAAAGGAUGCUCCAAAUAGUCGCCGAGGUGAUUACAUAAACACUGGUAUAUCUUUACAAAUAGCAUUGAUAGCUUCAUGGCUUGGGGUUACUUUAUGGGUGUCGAUUUCCAUUUAUACUGCUAUCAGGGCGUAUAAGGAACGUGGUGUUUUAACCUGUUGUGGAAAUUAAGAAAGAAAUUUUUCGUAAUCUUGUCGAUAUGUU